CUUCAAACUGAGACCGUGAUGAAUUCAAUAUGGACGUAAAAUGUACCAGUUAACCAGCUAGCUAGCUUUUUGCCGAAAUCUAGUUAAUUCCCAAGCUUCUGUUUUAUUUCGAUGUUGUGGCUGAAACAGUUGUCUCUGUUUCUCACAACUGCUUAGUUUCUUUUCAACCGCAGUGUAUUUGGGUUUUUUAAAUAAUUCAAACGGGGGGAGAUCACUUGGAGAAAAGGUUCGGUACUGUACAGCUACAUCUGACUUGAUCCUAUUAUGUACACAGUGUGAAGAGGCUGGUUUGAUGUGCACGACACUGAGAGAGGAGGCACCAUGAGUGGGGAGCUGGAUGCGCUGACUGUGGUGAACCAGCUACGAGAUCUUGCAGCUGACCCCCUCAACAGACGAGCCAUAGUACAGGACAAUGGCUGCUUACCGGGGCUCAUCCUCUUUCUGGACCACCCCAACCCUCAGGUCGUCUACUCCGCAUUAUUAGCAGUGCGCUACCUUGCAGAAUGUCGGUCCAACAGAGAGAAGAUGAAGGGAGAGCUGGGCAUGAUGCUGAGUCUGCAGAAUGUCAUGCAGAAGAGCACCUCCCCAGGGGAGACCAAGCUGCUGGCAUCUGAGAUUUAUGAGAUUCUGCAGGCGGCUGGUAAUGAGCAGGCAGAGCAGGCCGAGGCUGAAGCCGCCUCCUGCAGACGCAAGGCCCACUUCUUCCUGGGCUCCACCAACAAGAGGGCCAAGACCGUGGUGCUGCACAUCGACGGCCUGGACGACUCAACUCGUAGAAGUCUGUGUGAGGAGGCCCUGCUGAAGAUCCCAGGGGUGAUCAGCUUCACCUUCCAGAUGGCUGUGAAGAGGUGUGUGGUCAGGAUCCGCUCUGACCUCAAGGCUGAGGCGCUGGGCACGGCCAUCAACUCCACCAAGGUGAUGAAGGCUGCACAGGUGGUGAAGGGAGAGGAUGGAGGAGAGCUGAUGCUUCCAUUCCAGGAGGGUGCGGAGGUGGUGGUGGUGGAACACAAUGUGGACGUCCCAGACUACCUCCCUGAGGAGGAAAGCCCGUCUCAGGAGCAGGACAAGGCCGUGACCCGUGUGGGUUCCAUCACAGAUGGCGUGGGCUGGCUCAGCACCGCCGCCAACUUCCUGUCCCGCUCCUUCUACUGGUGACCACUUCCUGUGUCAGUACCCAUCGUCAAAACCCAAAACUACCAACUGAUGGUCGGUCGCCUUAGCCCACCAGCCCUGCCUAGCCCCUUCCCCGGUCAUCCAGCCCUUCUACUCUCUAGUCCCUCUCAGCAGCCACACAGAGUACCACUCUGCUCAGUGUCUAUAUGGAGCACUGGACUGCCAUGCGCACCCUGAAUAGGGUUGCAAAAUUCCAGGAACUUUCAAUAAAUUCCCUGGUUUUCCAGAUAUCCCGGUUGGAGGAUUCCUGGAAUCAGGAGGGAAUAAGCAGGAAAACUGGUAGCCUCCUUCCAGGAUUUCUGGAAAAGCAGGUAAUUUAUUGAAAGUUCCUGGAAUAACUUGUAUAUAAGAGGAAAUAAGCUAAGAACAUGCUAGCUACUGUACCACAGGUAAAGCGCUGCACACUAAAUACACAUUCAAUCGUUACACAUUAUGCACCUCACAAGCCAUCGACGGAGGACUUCAGAAUCAGCUUCUCUUCUUUUCCUUUAGAAAAUGAGCUUUCUCUGAUGCCCGACGGUCCAUCAUCUCUUUGAAACCAAAUUGCAUUGUGGGAAUGCAUGGCGUUGCGUAGUCUUCUGAGUUGGAGCGAUUGCAUUGGAUGACGCUGCGCUUGUGGAAAUAGGUUAUUUUUGUGCAUGAGUUUGAGUUCUCAUCUUUUCCUCAUUUUAAAAAACGUUUUUUUUCACCUUUUUCUGUGUUUUGCCAAUCUCUAAUUAACUUUUGGUUCCCUCAUGUGGGGAGCCUGUUUAAAGCAUGCUGUAAUUAUUUUGUGUGUGCUGAUCUUGCUUGUUGCCUUUCCUCAAUCCUUUGUGUGUGCCUUUCUGAUGCUUUGCUGCAAUUUAUUUAUUAUUAGUGGUCCAUUUUAACUUUGCUCUAAACCUUUGAAGCCUUGUGAAUAAUGCAAUCUCGGUCCUCUACGUCCGGAGCUUAUUUGCCCUAGCAUGUCAUGUCUCUCACAGGGAGAUGUCAUAUCUGUUGUAAGGAAACGAGACCCCAGCGAAGGCUGCGGUCCAGUCAGUCAAAUGACACUAGCUUCCCCGUAGAGGACUGUUGAUGCAGAAAGAAAAGGGAAAUUGCGAUGGUUACUGUUCUACUAUAACCAUCUGCAUUGGUCCACGUGUUACCUCUUGUUAGUCUCCUAGGACUUGGGAAUCCCUUGGUUGAACAAUACAGUAGAGGUGUGUUCAGACAGAUCGUUGUUGUGAUGUAUUGACUGACAUCCUGAAUUUACUUCUUAGUUCUUUCCCCUUCACGGUUUUCAUAUAGCAUUAUCAUAUGGCGGUCUGAGAGUAGUCAACUAGGCCUAAAUCAUUGUAGUGGAGAAAAGUAUCUCAACCUAAAGCUCAUCAACAUCUUCACUAUUGUGGCCCAGCCACUUUAAUAUUUGUUUUACCCCCUUUAGCCAGCAGUGUCCUUAAAACAAAGUACACACACACACACCAUUGCUGCUGAGAGGAAGACCGUAGAGGUGUAAGCAGCAUCGGGGGGUGGAUAUGUACAUUUUGUAAUGGUCUCCAAGCUAUGUUAAUCUCAGUCCUGAAAUCAUGUUUUUUUUCUGUUAGACAGUUCAACUUCGUCUCCAUUUUACUUUGUUGAAAAAUGUCACGGAAUAUAUUUUUCAAUGUAGAUAACACCCUUUAUCAAGAGGCUUUGACCAAUUUCCGAUACAUUUAAAGUAUGAUGAUACUGUAGGUUCUUGCAGAGAACUGGUUUUGGAUUGACUUAAUUUUCUUUUGAGAGCCCUUUCAUGCCUGUAAUCCUGCCUUCAUGAUCUCAUCUGAUUUGAGUGUGAUUGACAUGCAUUGUGUAAAGGAAGUGCCGACCAGACAAUGAAUAGUCUCCUGCUGGAGGCCAUACUCACAGCUCACAUGGCUCGUCGAAUAGUAUGAUUUAAAAUGUCCUCAAAGAAUUAGCCUAAUAACAUAUAUCCACUAAAGUGAGUGUCUCUUAUCUAGCACCAGCCCUCAAAAGUAGUGCUUACCAACAACAACGACAACAACAACAACAAGUCAUAUAAUGAAGUUGAGAAAUCAUCAGUGUUAUAUUUAAUCCCAAUCCUUAGUCUUCCGUUUUUUGCUAACAUCCACAGAAUCAAGUCAAGAUUCGCACCACGUGGAGUUAAUUCUAUUAUAUGUUAUACCCCUUGUACUGUUUAUCAUAAAUACUUGAACACGUUAUUUUGUCUCUCUUUAAAUCCCCCAUGUGAUAUGCAGUUAGUUUUUAAUCCCACCCUAUCCUUUAAUAGCCACUACAUCAGGAUGGCUGACAGAAUCGUGUAGCAAGUCCUCAGAAUAGUAGCUUCUUCUCAUAUACAGUGUUUAUCUGCCAUAUAAUGUAUUGCAGAUCUCAAAACAGUUCAUUCCUAAUUCAAAUAUUAAAAAGAAUUACAAUUG